UGGCCCCUGAACAUGUGGGAGUGGCUUCUCCCCAACUGAACUCUACCAUUUUCAGUGGGAAGGAUUUAUUGAAGUGAAUAAAUAGCUCGUUAACACACCAGAAACUGCUACUACGUUUUUGUACCAAGAAGGUGACAGCCUUUUAUAAGAAACUAGGAGACUACUGUCAUGGCGGGGAAACCCAAGCUUCACUACUUCGAUGUACGGGGCAGGAUGGAGUCCAUUCGAUGGCUCUUGGCUGCAGCUGGGGUAGAGUUUGAAGAGAAAUUCAUAAAAACUAAAGAAGACAUGCAAAGGAUGAAAAAUGAUCCGAGUUUUAUAUACCAGCAAGUGCCCAUGGUUGAGAUUGAUGGGAUGAAGCUGGUGCAGACCAGAGCCAUUCUCAACUACAUUGCAGACAAGCACAACCUCUAUGGAAAAGAUGUAAAGGAGAGAGCACUGAUUGAUAUGUACACAGAAGGCGUGGCAGAUUUGAAUGAAUUGGUUAUUCAUUAUCCAUUUCUUCCAUCUGGGGAACAAGAAGCGAGCCUUACUCAGAUCAAAGAAAAAGCGAAAAAUCGUUAUUUUCCUGCCUUUGAAAAGGUGUUGAAGAGCCACGGACAAGACUACCUUGUUGGCAACAAGCUGAGCAAGGCUGACAUUCUCCUGGUUGAACUUCUCUACAACGUGGAAGAGCUCGACCCCAGCGCAACUGCCAGCUUCCCUCUGCUGAAGGCCCUAAAAACCAGAAUCAGCAGCCUCCCCACCGUGAAGAAGUUUCUGCAGCCUGGAAGCCCGAGGAAGCCUUACACAGAUGAGAAAAGUGUAGAAGAAAUAAAGAAGACUUUUGCAUAAAUAAAGCUGAUGCAGAAGAUAAACCCAUGUGAACCAGUCUUCUAAAGUUUUGCUCCAAUGAAGUGUAUCCCUAUAUAGUGGUCCUGGCUAUUGUGAAGCCAAUAAACGGAUUCAAAUGAUAUGGGUAAAAAAAAUAAAUACCUCUGAGCAGCACUGAUUAAAA